AGCAGCUGGUUUAGCAGCUGGUUCAGAUUGGAUUCAGCCACAAGCCCACAAUCAGAUUUAGCAGCAUCAUCAGUAAAAUAGAAAUUGACCUGUAUUGUUUUUCACUUUUGACUGUAAAAGCACAUUAUCGUGCAAAUGAGAACACAAACAUUUAGCAUACUCUGUAAGUUGCGUAAAUUGUGGAAAGAGAGUGUUAAUUGAGUUUAGCGUAUUUUUAUUACCGUAUUGUAGUCUGUGAAACUUACCAAAAUGGAACAGCAGUGGAUUGGAUGUACAGUUUCAGUGGAUUGUGGACCUUUACAUGGGACUUAUCAAGGCGAAGUUAAUAAAAUAAACAAGGAACAACAAAUCUUAAUUCUGAAGAAAGCAUUUCUUAAUGGUGCUCCUCAUCCUGACGGCAAUGUCACCAUUAUGUGGGAGAUGAUUAAAAACUUAUCAAUUCUGAAAACAGCGGAAGAAAACAAAGAAACUAAACCAGCGACUAGCAGAGUACAAGUAAGAAAGCCUGUAGCGAAGAGGAUGGACAGAUCGGUGAGUGAAAAUAUUGUUGCUUCAAGAGCGAUGCCUAAAAACUGCGUCAUGAACCGGAUGACAAUGCCACAGUCCUCUUCUUCACACAAUUUGGGAGAAUUGGCCACCAAAGCAACGGUCCCAAGUGAUUUUUCCGCCUCACAAAGCUCGUAUCAAGCCGGUACAACACCAAAUAAAAAGGACCGACCUCGACAAAAUAGUAGAUGGGUUGAUAAGAACGAAGCGUGUUUUGGCGAGCCCGUAGAUAAUAUAAUGCACAAAGAAUUUGAUUUCGAGAAAAAUUUGGCUCUAUUCAACAAAAAGGUCUUCAUGGAAAACUCGUCUAACAGUGGAGUGGAGUCAGAAAUUGCCAUAGAAGCUGCGUCCGGUACAACACCAAAUAAAAAGGACCGACCUCGACAAAAUAGUAGAUGGGUUGAUAAGAACGAAGCGUGUUUUGGCGAGCCCGUAGAUAAUAUAAUGCACAAAGAAUUCGAUUUCGAGAAAAAUUUGGCUCUAUUCAACAAAAAGGCUGUAUAUGACGAAAUAAAUGCGCAAAAGCCAGACUUGGUAAAGCAAACUGACAAGCCAGUGAAUUAUAGGCAUAACGAGAAUGUACUUGAAUCAAAUCCCAUGAGACUGAGGCAAAUUUCUGUUCCUUCUGUAUGUGGCCAAAAAGAGUAUGUAACUGACUCCGGUGUUGUUGUUCCGUGCAUCACAAGUGAUCUUCGACGAGCCAUUUUCGAUUUUUCUGAAGAUUAUGGCUACACCUUCAAAAGACAAUGCGAAAUCAUGGGACGUGCCUCCACUGAACUGAUUAUACAACUUUUGGGAGGAGCGCGCAGACUCAACCCGCAAAACUCUCACCAAAAGCCAUUGGUGGUUUUGAUGUGUGGCUGUAACAGGGCUGGGGCGAUGGGCCUCAACACUGCUCGCCAGCUGUCCUCACAUGGCGUGGACACAGUGGUCCACUUGGAUCGCGGCUUCCUAGCCACACAUGUGGUCAGUCAAGAGUUCUCGCUCUAUCACCUCACUGGCCAGAAGUCCACAACUCGUGUCGAAGACUUGCCAACGGGAGCAGUCGACCUAGUGGUUGUGGCGUUAGCAAGCGAUGCCUCCUGUCAGAUCGACGCCUCGAUCAAGUCGUGGAUUGUGGAAUGCAGGGCGUCGCUGCUGGCGAUCGACCCGCCGGCGACGGGCACACCGGGCGUUCCGGUCAAGUUGUCGGUCAUUCCUCCUCUGCCGCUGGCUCACUGCGAAGACAACGGGCGUCUCUAUAUGGUCAACCUGGCCAUUCCGGAGAAGGUAUACUCACAGGUCGGCGUCAACUACAAGUCACCGUUCGGACCCAAGUUUGUCAUACCGCUACACAGUAACUGAUGUCGUUCCGCUGCUUAUUAACUGAUACAACGGUUUUUCUACGAGUCAUACCGUUGCAUAUUAAUACUGAUAGAGCAGUUUUUCUAUGAUGCAGCAUAUAACUGUUGUCAUCUCGCUGCAUAUUAACUGAUAUAACAGUUUUUUCUAAGAGUCAUCACGUUUCGUAUUAACUGAUACAACUGUUUUUCUGAGAAUCACCCCGUUGCAUAUUAACUGAUACAUCACUUUUUCUAUGAUGCAGCAAAUGAAUUGUUGUAAUAUUUCUGCAUAUUAACUGAUACAACAGUUUUUCUACGAAUCAUCCCGUUGCAUAUUAACUGAUACAACAGUUUUUCUAUGUUGCAGCAUAUGAACUGUUGUCAUCUCGCUGCAUAUUAACUGAUACAAC